AGACCAACAGAGCAGCUAUUGUUAGCCGAGGAGCCGCCAGCAGACUUUAUCCCACACUCAACCAUCUACCUGCCGCAGACUCUCACCCAGGAAACCCCGCAGGACACCGGAGGUCGAGCCCGGCGAGGAAAGGAGCCAGGGUCCUCGGAAAGGAGGAAAGGAGGCAGGGUCCGCGGAAGGGAGGAAGGAAAGAAGGAAGUACACACGGUGGAUCGACCGCUGGGGCUCGGGACUCAACAGGUACUUCCAUGGUGUAGCGGGGCUCGGACCUUUUGCCUUUAUUACACGCCGGGGAAACACACGGAGAAACACGCAGGAAGAUGCCGCUGGGUCCGUGGAAGAAGAAGAACAAGUCGACGAAGGAGCACCUGGUGGACAACGAGGAGACCGGCGGCGGACACGCAGGUGCCGGGAACCCGAGCAAAUCCGCCGUGAACGGAGCGGGACUCCCGCCUCCACCUGCCAACCUGCGGCCCAAGCUGGUGUUCCACACGCAGCUGGCGCACGGAAGUCCCACCGGCAGGAUCGAGGGCUUCGCCAACGUCAAGGAGCUUUACUCCAAAAUAGCCGAGGCGUUUAACAUCAGCCCACCUGAGAUCAUGUUCUGCACCCUGAACACCCACAAGAUCGACAUGGACAAGCUGCUGGGGGGGCAGAUCGGCCUGGAGGAUUUCAUCUUCGCCCACAUUAAAGGAAUCAGGAAGGAGGUAGAAAUUCAUAAAACCGAGGACGCUCUCGGCCUCACCAUCACCGACAACGGAGCAGGCUACUCUUUCAUAAAGCGUAUCAAAGAGGGCAGUGUUGUGGACGGGGUGAAGGUGGUCAGCGUGGGCGACCACAUCGAGUGCAUCAACGGGCGAAACAUCGUCGGGAUCCGACAUUACGAGGUCGCCCGAAUGCUCAAAGAGCUGACCAAAGACAAAUCCUUCACACUCAAGCUGGUGGAGCCCAUGAAGGCCUUUGAAAUGCUGGAGCCCAGGUCGAAGGGAGCCAAACCUGCCAGUGAGAACAAAGUCGGGACGGGGAAGGGAACGCUGAGACUCCGCUCCAAGGGCCCAGCGACUGUGGAGGACGAGCCGACGGAGUUCGAGGAGAAGGCGGUGAAGAAGGUGGACGACCUGCUGGAGAACUACAUGGGCAUCAGAGACACUGAGCUCGCUGCCACGAUGGUCGAGGUCGGCCGCGACAAGAAGAACCCGGACGAGUUCGCCAUGGCGUUAGACGAGACCCUCGGGGACUUUGCUUUCCCGGACGAGUUUGUCUUCGACGUGUGGGGCGCCAUCGGUGACGCCAAGCAGGGGAGAUUCUAAGUUCCCUGCCUCUCCAAACACACACACACACACAGACACACACACUCCCUCCUCCUCCUCCCACAUCCCACCUCUCCUAACCCUCAGAAGCCGACUGGACAAACUUCAACCUGCACAAGCAGCGGUGGAUAAAGUGUCUACCACCAUCACCUAGUUGUUAGGUGUAGCUUUGCACUUGGGUGGAGAAUCAGUGAGAGUCAACUUCAGCUAAAUUGGAUCAUGUAAAGAAUUUCACAUGUCGGGGGUGUCGGUGUAAAUCUUGUAACGAUGUCCAUGACAUGUGGAUUUCAGUUUCACACACUGGACCUGCCUCUCAUGUACAGAGGUGCUGGGGAUUCAUACAGAUGUUGUCUUGAACUUACGUACGUCCCACGAGAGGCCGGAUCCCUCCACCUGCACCCGAUGCUAUUCCUCAGUCAAACCAGUUAGACUAGUCCACAGUGACUCAUCACUCUGGUUGUAAAUGGUACGUGCACGACCUUAAAUUGUAAAACAAUCACGCAGUUUGAAUCAUUCUUUGCAGCUGUGUCAUUUUGAGUAUACAGAUGUGUCACACAGCUUUUUAUAGGCUCUUUUUAUAUGUGAAAGUGCUGCUGAUUUUCUAGCAGCAGCAUAGUGUAAUUAUAGUGAUUGUAGCAAUAUCUCUCUCCCGUCUUUUGAAAUCUUUUAGAUGAGCUCGUGGUAGAGAAAUAUCAGAGCGUCGACAUUAACGUUACUUUACUCUGUGAUUCUCUCUGUGUCCUUAAAUGUCUCAGCGUGAGCCUUGCGUCCGUCCGUCAGAGACCGAGCUAUAAAGAGGGUUUUAUCUUUAAAUGCCUUUUAUCAGGGUUUGACGACACAUUCCACCAACAUUCCUCAUGUUCCUCCUGUUGUUCUAGUCUGUCAACAUGUCAGGAAUAGUCAGUUUACUUCUCUUUUUUUCCUGUAAUUUAUUUUAUCGUAAAAAAAAAAUCAAGAUGCUGUCCCGGCGCGACACGGAAGCCAUUUUUAAAGCGGCGUCUGGAAUGGGAUCAAUUGCAAUCCGAUGUCUUAAAUAACGGCACUAAUUAAAAUCACUGUCAAACUGAAUUUAAAUAGUGACUUGAUUAGUGUCGUCUGCUGAUGUUUUAACUGUCCACGGCAGUUGUUUGUUUAUUGUUUGACGAACCAUAAGGGAUCACUAUUGUUAAUAGACAAUAAAAUUUCAUAUAGUUAUC